AUGUUGUUCAUUUUUCUCUCACUGCUGGAAUUGGCCGUUGUUGGGUUCAUGUCCCGAAACGAAGGCCUGCCCCCGAAGGUCAAGAAAAAGCGGAAACGCGAGGGAUCUGAUGACGAGUUUUCUUGGAAAGGCAUCCAAUCAAGCCCUCAUCUUGAGCUACGGCAGUUUUGGGUCGACAAGCGGAUCAACUCUGUCCGUAAUAGCUCGGAUUUACCAUCUGAUGAACCGCCUGGGAUUGAGGCGCCGUAUCCACCAGUCCAUAGAUCUCGUCCACAACGCGAUUUACUCGCAUCAAUACGAAAGUGGUGGAAAAGAUUAGGACCAUUACGGCCAGAGACGGUUGACUUCUACAGUGCCAUCUUCUUUCCUACCGCGUACUGUAUGUUCAAUGUGACUUACUGGGGUUACUACUUGUCCAGUCUUUCCGCUGUCGAUGAGGAUGUUGUGCCCGUUUGA